AUGAAGUGGGCAGCAUUGUUGUCGUUGGCGUCUGCCGCGCCUCUGGCGCAUGCGCUCCUGCGAUUCGGAUGUAGUCAGUUGGUGACUGAACGGUUGGACCCGCUGGUUACUCCCGGACAGGUCUCCCCCCACGUCCACCAGAUUAUUGGUGGUAACGCGUUCAAUAUCACCAUGGACCACAACAACGACCUUGGUCGUCUCUCCACCUGUACCACCUGUAAAUUCAAGGAAAACAGGUCCAACUACUGGACUGCCGUGCUUUACUUCAAGGCCCGCAAUGGAUCGUUCAUUCGCGUUCCUCAAAUGCCCAACCAGUUCACUGGUAACUAUAACGGUGGUGUCACCGUCUACUACAUCCAACCCAUCGGUUCCAACCAACGGGUUACUGCCUUCCCCAAGGGCUUCCGUAUGAUCGUCGGUGACCCCAUGUCCCGUGCUAGGAGGACUUCGGGCACCAACGACAUCGACGCACGUGCUAUCACUUUCCGUUGCUUCGGCGCUAACUGGCAAAGUGACCCCGCCUACCCUCACCCCGGUACUGGUAACCGUGACACUGUUGCCCUCCCGUCCGGUCAAUGCGCUGGUGGUAUCCGAUCCAACAUCUUCUUCCCAUCGUGCUGGAAUGGGAGGGAUAUCGAUCCUCCGGACCACGCCUCCCACAUGGCAUUCCCCACUGGCAACAUCGGUCGUGACGGUCUCUUCUUCCAUGUUGGUUCUUGCCCCUCGUCUCACCCCACUCGCAUGCCACUCCUCUUCCUCGAAAUCGUCUGGGACACCCGUCAAUUCAAUUCCCAAUGGCCCACUGACGGUAGCCAGCCCUUCGUUCUCUCCAACGGUGACCCCACUGGCUACGGACAACACGCUGACUACGUCUUCGGCUGGCAAGAUGACGCUCUCCAGCGUGCUAUGGAUCAGUGUACUGACAUCGGUGGUCAACCCGAGAGCUGCCGUGCUUUGACCAGGAACUCUGAUGCCGAGAUGAACCAGUGCACUCUCCCCACCGUCACGGACCCGCUACAUAGAUUCUACCUCAACGAGCUCCCUGGCUGCAACCCCAUCCAGAACGGCCCCAACCCCGCUACUAUGGUCAGGGACUGCCGUGCCCUCUCGACCACUGGCGUUGGAGGCCCUGUCGUCACCAAUCCCCCGGUUGUCACCAACCCACCCGUCGUCCAACCUCCUCCCCCUGUCACCAACCCUGGUGCGCCUCUUCAAACCCGAUACGGCCAGUGCGGUGGUCAAGGGUGGACUGGACCUACCCAGUGCCAGCCCCCGUAUGCUUGCCAGGUUUCGAACCAGUGGUACUCUCAGUGCAUUUAA